AUGUCGCAUCCAGGUAACGACCAGGACUUCGGUUCGGAAGACGAGGACGACUUCAAUCCCGCGCCAGUCGACGGCUCCGAGCCCGAUCUUGACGAUGAGGCGCAUGACGCGGAGGAUACUCGUAAUGGGAGAAGAGGCUUAGGUGACGAUGGUAGGCAAGAGGGACGUCCUCAAAAGCGCAGAAGACAUGGACUCGGUGCUUUCUUCGAAGAAGAGGCUGAGGUUGACGACGAAGACGAGGCCGAGGACGAGGAAGAGGAAAUCGAAAGCGGUUUCGUUCACCAUGAUGACGAAGUCGUCUUGCCGGCCGGUGCAGAAACGGACGAUAGGCGCCAUCGCGAGCUUGACAGAAAGCGAGACAUGGAUGCGACUAUGGAUGCUGAACAGCAGGCCCAAGCCCUUAAGGAGCGAUAUGGCCGAAACCGCGCCGCUGGUGCUGAUCUGGUCGUUGUUCCCAAAAGGCUCCUUCUACCUAGUGUCGAUGAUCCGAGCAUAUGGGGUGUCAAAUGUCGACCAGGCAAGGAAAGGGAAAUCGUGUUCAGCAUUAUCAAACGGAUGGAAGAGCGCCCGCCUGGAUCUCGAAAUCCUGUAAGGAUUAUAUCCGCCUUUGAACGUGGCGGGACGAUGGCUGGCUACAUUUACGUGGAGGCCCGGAAGCAAGCAGAUAUUAUCGAUGCGUUGGACGGAAUGUCUAACAUCUAUGUUAGGUCAAAGUUGACCUUGAUUUCCGUCAAGGAGAUGCCUGAUCUCCUUCGGGUUAAGAAAUCAGAACAACUCACUCCCGGUGGCUGGGUCCGAAUCAAACGUGGAAGAUACCAGGGCGACCUAGCUCAGCUUGAGGAUGUCGAAACAAAUGGCCUCAAUGUUACGGUCAGACUUGUCCCUCGACUGGAAUACGGCCUCAACGAAGAUAGCAACGCACCAACUGGCGACCCUAAGCGAAAGAGGGUGGGAGGAGCUGGCAGUGCAAUCGCCCGCCCUCCUCAGCGCCUGUUCAGCGAAGCGGAAGCGAAAAAGAGACAUUCAAAGUAUCUGUCUGCGACUUCCAGCUUAGGCGGCAAGUCUUGGAGUUACCUUGGAGAUACCUACGUCGACGGAUUCCUUAUCAAAGGCAUGAAGGUCCAGCAUCUCAUCACUAAGAAUGUGAGCCCUCAACUUGAUGAGGUGACCAAAUUUGCCCGUGGUGCUGAUGAUGGAACCUCGAAUCUCGAUCUUGCUUCUUUGGCUGCCACCAUCAAAAAUACGACCGAAGAGGAUGCCUACCUGGUUGGCGACACCGUUGAGGUCUUCACUGGAGAACAGCGGGGUGUAGUCGGCCAAACCGUAUCGACUCGCGGAGACAUUGUUACCAUAAAGGUCCUGGAGGGAGAACUGCGUGGCCAGCGCAUCGAUGUUCCAACUAAAGGUCUCCGAAAGAGAUUCAGUGAAGGUGACCACGUCAAAGUCAUCGGAGGAAGCAAGUACCGCGAUGAGCUGGGAAUGGUUGUCCGUAUCAAGGACGACCGAGUUACCAUCCUCACAGAUAUGACGAUGCAGGAAAUCACUGUCUUUAGCAAAGACUUACGAGAGGCCGAUGAUAUUGGAGUUGACGGCAAACUGGGCCAAUAUGACGUGCAUGACUUGGUUCAGCUUGAUCAAACAACCGUUGGAUGCGUUAUAAAACUUGACAGAGAGUCGAUGCGAGUCAUAGACCAGAACGGCUCGAUUCAAGUCCUGCUUCCCUCACGGGUUUUGGGCAAGAUCGAACAGCGACGACAUGCUGUCACCACGGAUCGAAACGGUUCUGAAAUCAAGUGUGGAGAUACGGUAAAGGAGGUGACCGGCGAGCAGAGGUCCGGCACCAUCUUACAUAUCCACCGAGCGUUCCUCUUCUGCACCAGCAAGGUCGUCGGAGAUAAUGCUGGAAUCAUGGUCACCAGAGCGAUAAACGUUACCACCGUGGCAACCAGUGGUUCUAAGCUGGGCAGAGCCGCCCCAGACCUAUCGAAGAUGAAUCCUGCUCUACAGAAGAACGGGAUGAACGGCUCAGGGAUGCCGCCGCCACGCUCCUUUGGCCGAGACAAGCUUGUUGGAAAGACGGUCCAUAUCCGCAAGGGUCCAUACAAGGGACUUCUCGGUAUAGUUAAAGAUACAACCGAUGCCAUUGCUCGAGUCGAGCUGCACUCAGUUUCAAAGGUUGUUCCAGUUGAAAAGGAGAAUCUUUCUGUCAAGGACCCCGUUACCGGACAGCCCGUUGAUAUCAAUCGGUUUGGCGGCGGUGGCAGAGGCGGCGGACCCAGGAUUCCUCAGUCAAUGGCGACAGGAUCAGCCGGUCCCCAAGACGCCGCCUGGCAGGGUGGUAGGACUCCAAUUUCCAUGGGCGAUUCGUCUCGUACGCCCGCCUGGCGAGCGUCAUCAUCUCGAACUCCCGCUUGGAAUGCCGGUGGUGGAUCGCGCACUCCAGCAUGGAAGGCAGACGGUGCUCGCACUGCCAACCCUUACGACGGGAACAGAACCUCGUAUGGCGGAUUUGGCGGCCGUACUCCCGCCUGGACUUCUGGGACAAAAACUCCCCACGACGCCGGAUCCGGGUUUGCAGGCAACUCCUCCAGCUCAGGCUUCGACGCAUUCAUGGCCGGCUCUCGAACUCCAGGCCAUCCAAACGCGAUGGCUGCAAGCAGCGGCUCCCGCACUCCGGCAUGGGGCCACACAGGAAGCUCCGGUGCUCAUCUAAGUGCCGGCACCGGUAGAGCGUAUGAUGCCCCUACUCCUGGCGGCGACUAUACGGCUCCUUCUCCUGCGCCAUAUGGAAGUGCCCCGACCCCUGGCGCGUCCGCCGCGACUCCACGCGCAUGGCCCGAUAAUGCGCCAACGCCCGGUGCUUCGACGUUUGCUGGAAAACGCAUGGAUGGAGAUGCGUACGAUGCUCCUACUCCUGCUGGCGACCAUCGACCGUACGAUGCACCCACGCCAGCAAUCGGAAUGGGCUUCCCCGCGACUCCUGGUGCCACAGAUGAUGCGCCUCGGUAUUCAGAGGGAACUCCCAGUCCAUGA